AUGGCUGCAGGGAGGACCACGUUGGGUGGCCUCAUUUUGUUCCUGUGGCUGCGUGUGCCGGGCAUAGACUGGGCCUUCGGGCCUUCCAGGAUCACAAGUGCGCUCAACGGCAACAAGAGGCAUGACUCCAGGGUAUUGCGAAGAGUGCGCCCGGAGAAGAAGAAGGUUCGUUUCCAAGGAAAGAAGGAGGCUGCUGCCAGAAAGGCGCAGAUUCGGCACAAACGUGGGGCCUUCAUUGGAGAUCUCUUGUCCCAACUUCACCGGGCCGCAGAUGAAGGAGACCUGACGCUCGCCGAGGAGGUGUUCGACCUCUUGCUGUGUCAAGAAGGUUUCAGGGUGGAAGGGCAAACAAUCACGAGCAUGAUCACUGCAGCUGCGAAUUGUGGGAGCAUCAAGCAGGCGGUGCACUGGUUUGGACGGCUGUUCGACUACGACCUCAUGCCUGACGUCUUCAUCUUCAAUAGUGUAAUCUCUGCUGGGUCGAAGCUGGGCAACAUUAGCUUUGCAGAAGCGGCUUUCGACGACAUGAAACGAUACGGGCUUAAGCCCACUGUCGCCACGUAUGGUGCUUUGAUCAAAGCUUCUGCAAUGGCCGGGAACGUUUCUGGUGCUGAGUUGUGGUUUUCAAGAUUGCAGGCUGCAGGGCUAAAGCCCACAGAGAUCACCUGCAAUCUUGCACCUUGGAUCGCGCUUAUGUUGCAAGUACUGUGCACUCUGCACUAUUGGCAAGUAGCAGGUAAUGUCAUGAGUGCAGCUGCGAAGUGCGGCAACAUGGUCGCCGCCAGACAUUGGUUCCAGAAAGCAAAGGAGGCCGGAAUGGCAGGCGGAAGCGUUCCGUACUCAACCCUCAUAGCUGCAGCCAAAGCAAACGGCGACCUCGGCGCGGCAGAGGCUGUUUAUCAAGAGUUCUUGCAAGCCAAUCCCGAUUUGAAGCCAACAUUCAUCAUGCUGAAUGCCCUCAUUGGUGCAGCAGCAAACAAUCGCCAGCCAGAGAAGGUGAACGAUGCCGAGCUGCCGUUCUUGAAGGGCAUCGAGGUCUUGCCCUUGACAGAGGCCACUUCCACGAUUGAUGCUUCCCAGAAGGCAGCGACUGAUCUCCAGAAUGCCAUUGCCGAGGCAAGGAACUUCAUCGCGGCAAAGAAUGUGGAGCUGAAAGGCUUUUCUGACAAGGAGAAGACCAAGCCCCUCAUAGAGGAGCUGACGUCCCUGACGGCCCGAGUCAAUACAGCUGCCACAAAGCUUGCGUCGUUCAAGAAGGACACCGACACGCGCAA